AUGAUCGGUGAAGAGAUUAGACGCGUCCUCUCGGAACAUGAGUACGAAUGUAAGAUCGCUGCCACGUUAGGAUGCCUUCUGGCUGCACUGGUUUAUGGGCUUCGAUGGAAAAAGAAGAGACAUUUUCUCAACAGGGUGGAGCAGGAGAGAAAGAGAAGAGAACAGAGCGUGAAGACGAUGAAAGAAGCAGUAGAGAAAUUCAUCAAACAGAAUAAAGGAGUAGACCGUAGAUGGAUUCUCAGCAUGUCACUGCCAGAGCUCAUGGAGAAGCUGAGAGAUGGAGAUAUUACUCCAGAGAGCGCCCUGUACUCCUAUGCUGAAAAGGCUCUAGAAGUGAACAGAGAUCUUAACUGCGUCACCGUGUUCUUGUCCGAUUGUGAAGCGCAGAUCAAGGAACUGAAAAAGCAAAAAAAUAAAGGUCCUUUGUAUGGGGUUCCGGUUUCCAUUAAGGAACACAUUGGUUACAAGGGACAUCCAUCCACGUGUGGCUUGAUACAAUAUGUUGAUGAAUUCGAAGAAGAUGACAGUGUCAUUGUUAAGGUGUUGAAGAAACAAGGAGCUGUUGUGUUUGCAAAGACGAAUGUGCCUCAGACUUUAAUAUGCUACGAAAGCAGCAACCCCAUAUACGGCUUGACUUUAAAUCCACACAACCGAUCCAAGUCCCCUGGUGGAUCUAGUGGUGGUGAAGGUGCAUUGAUUGGAGGCGGUGGUUCACUUCUGGGUUUUGGGACUGACAUCGGUGGAAGCAUUCGCCUCCCGUCUAGCUUUUGUGGCAUAGUGGGACUUAAACCCACCACAAACAGGCUCAGUAUACGUGAAGUACGUGACUGCAUUGAUGGUUUACUUACAGUACCUAUGUGCAUUGGACCACUGGCGAGAGAUGUGGACAGCCUGGUCCUCUGUAUGAAAGCUCUUCUGUGUGAUGAAAUGUUCAAACUUGACCCAACAGUGCCACCUCUUCCAUUCAAUGAUGAGGUCUACUCCACAUCCGUACCUCUCCGUGUGGGAUUCUAUGAAACUGAUGGAUACACGCUACCCAGCUCCGGCAUGCGACGAGCGUUGUUGGAAACCAAACAACUCCUAGAGGAGGCCGGGCAUAAGCUCAUUCCGUUCACUCCGCCACGUAUAGAUUUUGUGAAAAAUGAAUUGUUUAUGAAAGCCUUACUUGGUGACGGAGGUGCAACUUUACGGGAAAAAUUCUCCAGUAACACUGUUGACUCAAACCUUAAAGAACUUUACUCAAUCACCAGCAUCCCAAGAGUAGUGAAGAAAUGUUUGUCUUUUAUCCUAAAUCCUUUUUUUCCAAGGAUUUCUAAAACGCUGAACUGUUCGCAGGGGGCAAGCUCUGUGAAGGAUCAUUGGAAGCAGCAGAUAAAUGUCCAGGAAUACAAGACUGAGUUCAUUGCGGAGUGGAGAAAGCUGAAUUUAGAUGUAUUACUGUGUCCAAUGUUAGGCCCGGCGUAUAAUACAGGUUAUGCUGGAAAACUCUUAGCUUCUAUUUCAUACACCAUGUUGUUCAACGUGCUACAGUUUCCAGCGGGUGUUGUUACCGUGAGCUCUGUCAGUGCGGCAGAUGAACAAGAAAUGAAGCGUUACAAAGGCCACUACAAUGAUCUGUGGGACAAACUCUUUAAAAAGGCUGUAGAAGGAGCCGUGGGACUCCCUCUGUCUGUUCAGUGUGUGGCUUUACCCUACCAGGAAGAACUCUGCCUGCGCUUCAUGAAGGAAGUGGAGACCCUCCGCAGACCACCUAAAACCAUCUCCUAAAGAGCCAAUAUUGUUCUAUUGGAAACGGAAAACAAAAGUACUAACAACGUAAAAGCGUUUAGGAUAUUCCCUAGUCCUGGUUACAUUUCUGGUGAACUUAGUAACUUCUUUUUUUGUAUCAAUGCCUGACUUGGGUGCUUAUGGAAAAAUGACAUAGUGAAUGGA